CACACACUCACACGUACUCGAACCGGUGGAUGAACUUCAGCUGGAUAAUGGAUUAACGCAUCAGACAGAUAGCUAGCAAAACGCACAGCGUACUAUGAACUCCAGAUGUCAAUGUAUUGGAAGAAAACACCCACCCACCCACGACGGAAUGACUCACAGUUUAAAGUAGUCGAAUAAACGUGCGCCGGUGCGGACGGGGAGAUUCUGAGUGCGGUAUCUGACUUCUUUCUGGUACUUAAAGCUCUCCCAACUGUGGUUUUUAUGGGGAAGAGAGGCGCUGAACUCGACCAGCCAUACGGACUGACAGUUGCUGCGCGAGGAGCUGGUGCCAGAUAUGGAUAGCGCGCGGGAUACCUCUGGACACUGGUGCGCAUCUUCAUAAAGUGCGACACUUCGAGACCGACGAGGCCUAAAACUUCAUUUGUCCUGACUCAAAGUUGCUGACAAACGGAGGACGAGGAGGACAUAGACACCUCUUCCAAACCAGCAUAGUAAUUUAGAGAUAAUAGUGCGAGAAAAGCAUCCAAAGUACUUUUUUUUUUUUUUGUACGAACCAUCACAGGAAGCUUUGAAGCAGAGACGAUGCGUCAAGAGGUCGCGGGGAGAUUUCAGAUGCUGCUUGUGCUUUGGUCCAUACUUGUCCUUAGUCUGGGGACGGGGUUUCCUACCAGACACAAGAACGUUGCCCACAAGGCCCAUGGCCACCCUGUUCAUAACGCAGCGGUCCAAUAUGUCCCUGAGACUCUGGAGCAGCAGAACCAGGUCCAGAGUCUGCUGCCUGAACCACACAGCCACCAGAGGAGGUGGUUGCACCCGCAGCACCGCUCUGUUGGUGUUCUUCCACAGCCGGAGCCUGAAGAGGAGACCAAACCCUUCAUCCUGGAUCUCAAGAACUUUCCAGACCUGGCCAAUGCUGACAUCAACUCGCAGAACCCAAACAUACAGGUAACCAUUGAGGUGGUGGACGACCCUCAGAUGGAGGUAGAGAUGGACCUGGCCAAGGAAAAAGACUGGCUGCCCUCCUCAUCCUCCUCCCCCUCUUCCACAGUAGAUUGGCUCGGAGGCAAGAAGCUUUUCUGGCCUCUUUUCUGGAGUUACACCGAUGCUGAUUCCAGUGAGGACAGCAACAGCCGGUCAGGCGUGGAGGAAACUGGCGAGGAAGAGGAGGAAGAUUACUCCCUGGAUUAUGGCAGCGAGGAACCCUUACCAAGCGGAGUGGGUGGAGACUGGGAUAUUCGUUGGAACGAAGGCUGGGAUCCAAUGCAGAGCUACUAUGAGAAGGAGACAGAUGAGUGGACUGCCUGGUCUCCCUGUUCAGUGACGUGUGGACACGGUGAGAGGAAGAGGACCAAGUCUUGUGGCUACUCCUGCACUCUGACAGAAGCCUCUAAGUGUGACCUGGAGCCUUGCCCUGGUGAGGUCAACACUGUGGUAGAACCUUUCCCUUUCGACAUGGAGAAUGGCACAGAGCCAUUUGGGACCGAUGUUGACAGCUGUGAGAAGUGGCUCAACUGUAAGAGCGAGUUCCUCCAGAGGUACCUCCACCAGGUGCUGUCUGAGCUGCCCAGCUGCCCCUGCUCCUACCCCUCGGAGGCGGCGUACACCGUGGUCAGCGUCUUCGAUGAGACUCAUGGCCAGCAGUUCCGCUGGCGCGAUGCCAGUGGCUCAAAGGAACGCCUGGACAUCUACAAGCCAUCGGCGCAUAGCUGCAUCCGCUCGGCGCUUUCUGGUGGCUCGUCUACUCUCGCAGCGCAGCACUGUUGUUAUGACGAUCGUGGGCGGCUGAUCACACGGGGGAAGGGCGCAGGCACGCCUAACCUGAUCAGCACGGAGUUCUCACCCGAGCUGCACUUCAAAGUUGAUGUGCUUCCUUGGAUCCUGUGCAAGGGAGAUUGGAGUCGCUUCCAUGCGGUGCGGCCACCCAACAAUGGGCUGAGCUGCCCAGAAAACCCCCACGAAGACGUGUUCAUGAAUGAACUGGAAGAGGCCAGGGAGUACUGAGUGACCACAGCCAAAAGUACCACUUCACUCAGAGAUUCAGAAGGCCCAAUCCUAAUUUGAGAGAAGACUGCCUACCUUAAAAGUCGUGAAAUAUUCAAAUCUAAACCAUGCAUUGAUGACUCAGAGGAAAUGCACGUUUGUGAUUGGCCGAUUUGUGGGGUUUAGAAACGAUGGUGGAGUGUGGCUGUCUCAAGUUAGGAUUUGGCUCAGUGUCCUGACAACAGGCUCAACUGAACUGAACUGAAUUACAUGGAUGGAAAAAAAAAAUGCAGUGUUCUCCCAUCGCUUGCCAACCUGUUACACAUUUGGCAUGACAUCAAGCUCUCUCUCUUUAUAUUCACUACACUCUCCUGGGUGCGUCUAAGCAUGAUGUCUACCUACUGGCUUUUUUGACGGUGUCCUGGAGCGCUUGUGAUUGACAGUAGCAACAUAUGGUAAACAUCCUGAUCAUGCGUCUUGCAGGUUUUUACAUUAGGACAUGUAUGACUAUGGGCUGUAUUGAUAUAACAAACACAUGCAUAGGCAAAGUCCAACAGAUGAAUAUCCCAACUAUGCUGCUACAAUUUAAGAUUCUUCAGGUUCAAAAGGUAUGAAGGGGACGAGACAUUAGUAGACCCAAAAUGAACAUGAAAUCACAGUAAUGUUUAUUUCAGCCAGUUUUUUGGAGGCAAAAAAAUGGUAAUAAUAAUAAAAUGAUAUGGGGUGUGAACCAGAGAGGUAAGCUAAAAUGAUCUGAAACAUUCUGUUGUCAUUAUGGGGCUUGCUAGUGAGAAUUAUGAGAAAAGCCUUUAGGCAGUAAUGAUACAGUAACAGCACAUUUAAUUUCAAAUGUUUUGUCACACAGAUUGAUUUCAUGUGUUUCCUCACGUUCUCACAGCCAGGAAAAUAUAUGAUCUGGGUGCCAAAGAGUUAAAAAAUCAGACUGUUGGUGCCUGUGUAAAUCCAGCCUCCUAAGUCUCUUCGGUGCAAAUGUAGGAAAAAAAAAAUCAGUUUUACAGUGAGUAGAUUGUGCUCAUAGAUGUGUCUCUACAAUGUUCUCAGGGGGACUAACUGACCAUGAUAAACAAAUUUGUUCAUUUACCUCGACAGCGGAGCACUAUUGGACCUUGUGUAUUGUGUAUUGGGGUAAAGAUUAGUAGGAGGGUAUCGUGUGUGUAAUCCAGAUUGGAAGUGGUGAAGAGAUAAUGCUUUUGUGCAUUUUCUGAAAGCAAUUGGAACCCUUAUUACUGAAUUGUUGUCAAUGCAUUAUGUGCGGUAGAAAGAUGUCAUUGCUGUUUAAGCUGUUGGCUUAGGGUCUUCGGGUUUAUGUACAGAACUUGAUUGGAUAGAAAGGACAUUCCUACUCAAAUAAACAUUCCUGAGUGGUCAUGUAGUAAGUGCCCCUCUCAUGGCUGACGAAAUACUGGUAAAAGCAACAUGGAAGUAGUCACCCUCAAGAAAUAUUUAGGUCUUUUGCCAUUAGUUUUAGAACAAAGGAUUUGAGAUUAGCGUUUGUUUUAGCAUUGUAGCAGUAGCUUUGAUAAAACUCAGCACCUCAUUUAAUAAACUGUCAGGGGCAGUAAUCUUAAACCGACCUAGAACUACCUUAAAACUCCAGGAAUGGCUCUUUCUAUCCAGUCUGAUUUUAUGGAUGUUCGCUCCAAACCUUUUUUUCAGGAAUUCUGCUUCCAGAUGUGUAUAUGCAGACACGCAUAUACAUUUUGGAAUCACCGAUUUUAAAGGAAGGCACUUUAUUUAAAGUAUAUAUCUAUAUAUCUAGUGAUAUAUAUAUAUAUAUAUAUAUAUAUAUAUAUAUCAAAAUGUACUCAUGUUUGCCAUUUGUUGAUGAUAGUGUAAUUGUGAAGGGAAACUCGCCAGAGAUGCUGCAUUGUUCUAUGAUAGUGCAUAUAUCAAGUGUUCCGUUGAGAAACGCAUGAUCAUUUUGUGAUUUCUGAAUCUAGUAUUACAUAUAUGGUGUUGUACAGUAUUUAUUUGUCUGUUCUCUUUUUUUUUUAAGUUUGCUGAAGCUUUGAAAUGACUCUAUACUCAACAUGGUGCACUAAUCGGACUGAGAAAUAAAAUGAAGGCACCCAUUAUCAAAAGGGAAACCACUUGCCUCAUAUCACUUCAUACAGCGACAUCAAGUGUGUGUUUCAUUUUACGUUUUACUGCAGUGCUCUAUGAAAAUGUUGAAAUUAUGCUGACGAAAUAUAUAUAAAGAC